AUGAAUUUGAUUAAGUUCUCUACUUUCAUAUUUUUUGACACAGAAACAACUGGCCUCUUGCGUAAAGAUUUUCAUCCGAAAAUUACAGAAUUAACGAUGAUAGCUGUGAACAGAAGAGAUUUAUUAUCUGGUGUUAAAACUCCACGAGUGCAAAACAAAUUUACGAUGUGUUUCAAUCCCCAAUCUCAGUUUCAUCCAAUGGCAGCAAAAAUUUCUGGAUUGAACACAGAAAAUAUACGAAGUGAGAAAGAUUUUGACGAGAAUGCUGUUAGACUUUUGGAUCUAUUUCUCCGGCGUUUAAAUCCCCCUAUUUGCAUUAUUGCUCACAAUGGAUAUGAAUUUGAUUUUCCUCUUCUCCAAGCAGAAUUGCUUCGUGUAAAAUGUCAAUCGUUCGAAUUCCUCGACUGUAAAGAAAAUCCGAUCUACUGCAGCGAUUCCUUGUAUUUUUUCAAAGAAUUUAACGAUAAACUUGUUCCUCAGACCACAAAUGAGUCUUCGUCUGCUGAUGAAUCAUUGAGCAAAAAGAGUCCUCAUGGAAUCUUUUCUCUUCCAGUUGUUUUUCAACGUGUUUUUGGUUCAAUUCAUGCUAAUGCUCAUAAUGCAGAAGGUGAUUGUAUUGCUGUAAUGACGCUUGUUCAAGUUUUGGGUGAUCCCCCUCUUUCAUGGUUUGAUUCUAACUACCGCAAACUUUCGGACAUCAAGUCAAUGUACACCGUUGAUGAAACUGACCCAACCCCACUGCCUCCAGAUCAAUUCCCUAUUGAUCUUGAUCAACCGUCUAGCGAUUAG